AUGGCCGCAAGACGAGUCUCGAGUCGAACCCUCCAGACCUUGACCAGACGACCAAUUGCAGCUGCCUCCUGCAAAGCCACGAGAAUGGCACCUUCACAUAACAUCCAUGCGACGGCCGUACGAAGACUCCACGCCACGACCUCCCACCUCAACCAAGCCCUCGCGACCUCCGCAUCUUCCUACCCGACCUCCCACGACCAGAUCCAGAAGCCCGCCGACACACCCGCAUUCGUGGACAACAAGUUCGUCGCUUCGCAGGCAGAGCAAUGGAUCGAUCUCUACGAUCCCGCGACCAACAACCUCGUCACUCGUGUUCCGCAGCAGACCGAUGCGGAGAUGACGGCUGCGGUCGAUAGCGCCCAGAAGGCUUUUCCGGCGUGGAAAGCUACGAGUCUGUUGCAUAGACAGCAGUUGAUGUUCAAGUAUGUCGCUCUGAUCCGGGAGAAUUGGGAUCGGUUGGCUGCGAGCAUUACAUUGGAGCAGGGCAAGACUUUCGCGGAUGCGAGGGGCGAUGUGCUACGUGGACUUCAGGUCGCGGAGACGGCCUGUGGGAUUACUACGCAGAUGCAGGGUGAGGUGUUGGAGGUUGCUAAGGAUAUGGAGACGAGAUCUUAUCGCGAGCCGCUUGGUGUGGUGGCCGCGAUAUGUCCUUUCAACUUCCCCGCUAUGAUUCCUUUGUGGACCAUCCCUAUCGCAACGAUUACGGGGAAUACCUGUAUCAUCAAGCCUUCGGAGCGGGAUCCAGGCGCUACGAUGAUCCUGGCGGAGUUGGCGGAGAAGGCUGGGUUUCCACCGGGUGUGGUGAAUAUCAUUCAUGGUUCUGCUAAGACUGUGGACUUCAUCCUCGAUGAGCCGAGGAUCAAGGCGAUUUCGUUCGUCGGAAGCAAUAAGGCGGGAGAGUAUAUCUACCAGCGUGCUUCGGCCAAUGGUAAGCGUGUCCAGGCCAAUUUGGGAGCGAAGAACCAUGCUGCUGUGCUUCCGGAUUGCAAUAAGAAUCAUGCUCUCAAUGCUAUUGCUGGUGCUGCUUUCGGCGCUGCUGGGCAGAGGUGUAUGGCGUUGAGUACUUUGGUUCUUGUUGGCGAGACGAAGGACUGGGCGCCGGAGAUUGCGGAGAGGGCGAAGGGUCUGAAGAUGAAUGGUGGGUUUGAGGAGGGCACGGAUCUGGGUCCUGUUAUCUCACCGCAGGCGAAGGAGAGGAUUGUCAGUCUUAUUGACUCGGCGGAGAAGGAGGGCGCGACGAUCGUAUUGGAUGGCAGGAAUCAGAAGCCGGAGAAGUAUCCUGAUGGCAAUUGGGUCGGCCCAACAAUCAUCGCCAACGUAACAAAAGACAUGACCUGCUACCGCGAAGAAAUCUUCGGUCCCGUCCUCGUCUGCCUCAACGUCGACACCUUCGAGGAAGCCGUCGACUUGAUAAACAGCAACGAAUACGGCAACGGCGUCGCCGUCUUCACCUCCUCCGGCGCCACCGCCCAACGCUUCCAGAAGGAGAUCGAGGCCGGUCAAGUUGGCAUCAAUGUCCCUAUCCCAGUACCAUUGCCUAUGUUUUCUUUCACGGGCAAUAAGAAGUCCGUGGCCGGGGGUGGGGCGAACACGUUUUAUGGGAAGCCGGGUAUGAUGUUUUAUACGCAGCAGAAGACUGUUACGAGUUUUUGGGCGGCGGCGGAUGCUACUAGUACGAGGGCGGGGACGAAUAUGCCUACGCAAUCGUAG